AUGCGGAAGAAGGUCUCGGUCUGGGAAAGGCGCCGAGUCCCGUCCCGUCCCCGCAGCCGGGGGGAGCGGGGGCGGCGGGGGAGGCCGGGCGAGCCGGGCCGCGGCCGGGGCGGGGAGAGGCGGGAGGCAGAGCCCGGGGGAGCCACGGACCAUGCCGGGGGCUCGGACCACCGCCCGCUCCUGCUGCUGCUGCUGCCCCCGCUCCUGCUGCUGCUGCUCCCCGCGGCUCCGGCCCCACAGAGCUGCCCGGGCAGGCAGCAGCUCCUGGCUGCCAUCCGGCAGAUGCAGCAGCUGGCUGAAGGGCAGGAGCUGCGUUUCACAGAGGGGCUGCGCCUGAUGAAGAGCCACCUCAGCACCCUGCACACCUCCCUGGCCAAAGCCACCCCUGAGACACCCCCUGCCUCCUGCCCUGCCCUGCAAGCCCCGGCGGAGGAAGUAAUGUUUGGCAGCAAAUAUCUGGUGGAACACGAGGUUCACUUCACCUGCCCAGGAUUCCAGCUGCUGGGCUCCAGCACCAGGACCUGCCAGGCCAAUGGCAGCUGGAGUGGGCAGGAGCCCCGAUGUGCAGAGAUCAGCGAGUGCUCGAGCAGCCCCUGCCAGAACGGGGGGACGUGCCUGGAGGGGCUGAACCACUACAAGUGCCUCUGUCCCCAGCAGUGGACCGGAGCCACCUGCCAGUACCAAGCCCAGACGGCUCCCCCUGCUUGGAGCGUCAGGGACGACCCGGCCUUCAGCCGCCAGCCCCGCUGUGCCCAAAUGGACCGAACCCAGCACUGCAGCUGCGACCCGGGCUUCCACAUGAGCGGCACGGCCGCCAACGGGCUCUGCCAGGACCUGAACGAGUGCGAGGUCUACAAAGGGCCGGGCGGGCCCCGGCUCUGCGCCCACUCCUGCAUCAACCUCCCCGGCUCCUUCCGCUGCGCCUGCCCCGGGGGCUACAUCCUGCUGGGGGAUGGCAAGAGCUGCCAAGACAUUGACGAGUGCUCCCUGUCCCAGCACAACUGCAGUGUGGGGACCUCCUGCAUCAACACGGGGGGGGGUUUCCAGUGUGUCAGCCCCCAGUGCCCCCAGCCCGCUGGCAAUGUCACCUACGUCAAAACCUCCCCCUUCCAGUGCGAGCGCAACCCCUGCCCCAUGGAGAGCCGGUCGUGCCACCAAGCCCCCAAAACCAUCUCCUUCCACUACCUCCCCUUGCCCUCCAACCUCCUGACACCCACCCCUCUCUUCCGCAUGGCCACGGCGGCGGCACCGGGCCGGGCCGGACCCGACAGCCUCCGGUUCGGUAUCCUGGGGGGGAAGAGCCGCGGACACUUCGUCAUGCAGCGCUCCGACCGCCAGACCGGAGAGCUGAUCCUGGUGCAGAGCCUCCAGGGGCCCCAGACCAUCCAGCUGGAUGUGGACAUGUCCGAGUACCUGGACCGCGUCUUCCAAGCCAAGCACCUCUCCAAAAUCACCCUCUUCGUCUCCGCAUAUGAGUUUUAAGGGGAAGGGGGCAGGGUAGGGGGUGGCUUCCCUGGUGGCCGGGGGUUCCCCUGCUGGCUCCAGCAGCGCUGCCAAGCCCCGGUGUGAUGAUGCGGGAUGUGCAUCCUGCCCUCCACCUCCGGGUGGCUUUUACACCAUGGGGAGGAACACAAAAAAA